AUGAAGAAAGCUGGGUUCCGUAUUUUACAGAAAAAGGGUAAAGAGAUACGACUCAAAGAGAUUUUUUUUAGAAUGAAAGUAUCGGUGAAUACCGCAAUCUGCAGUGGACAGUUUGGAAUGACUGUUUUGCAGACUGUUUUUAUGUUUUAUUAUGUCAAGGUUUUCUUAAAUAUUUUCAAAAUUAAUGAGAUCUGGUUUGACAUAGCGCAGCUGUUAUUUAUGGUCUGGAAUUCUGUGAACGAUCCUCUCUUUGGAUACUUGCAGGACUUCAGCGUUUCUUGGCUAAAAAAUAGAAAGAAAGUGAUAAUGUACCUUGGCCCGUUGUUAGUUAUGUCUUUCUAUAUGAUCUGGUUUCCAUGGUCAAAUGAGACUUCACCGUCUUAUGUGUGUGGAAUCCAUCUCCUAACUGUUCUGUUUUUCUACGAUGCUUUUUACAGUUUCGUGAACGUAGCUUGGAGCGCUCUUUUUGCUGAAUCGACAUAUGAAGGCCUUUCAAGAAUCACUGCAGUGAAAUAUUCUCAGUUAGCUGUUCUGUUGUCUUCUCUCAUUUUGCCAUUACUGGAAGCUAUAUCGAAAGGCCUUGUUGAUUACUUUGCUUUUCAAUGUACUUGUAUGGUGGUUGGUGCCAUUGCCCUAAUAUGCUUUUACAUAACUGGUUGCCUUGAAGAAAUAGUUUUUCAAGAAGACCACCUUUAUUUAACAAAUGAUAGAAGGAAGGAUCCACGUUUGUUAACAACAAUCAUGAAGACUACCAGACAAAUUCUGUCAAAACGAGAUUUCAUUGUUUUAGUUGCUACUCAUUUCAUUCAUAAUUGCAGGUCUGUCUCUCACUUAAAUUUCGCUACUAUUGUUACCGACUUACUAAUACCUAAUGAAAUCAUUGCAAAAGGGACCUGGAAAAUGAGUUUUCUUUACGCAUCAUGUGCUGUGUUCCCACAGGUUCUUUUCUUUGUUUAUUUAAAUUAUUUUUAA